UCUCAAUCUCAGCAGACGCGGAUCUAUUACACAGAAGUAUAGCGUUAUGUAGCUAGUAGAUAUUUGGUUGGAGUAUGCCAGGUUUGACGAAGAUCACCAGGUGAGAUAAUAAUGGAAGUUUAAAAGAUAUGAUGCAAAAGUGGAAUAUUAUUUAAUAACCAUUAUAGCCUCGUUACACGGAAGAUACAGGCAGAGAGCAAUUAACAUACGCGAUAUACGGCUAAAAUGAUUUAGUUUCACCAUUAUUUUUUGAUCUCAUGACUGACACCUAAUUGCGGAACUUCAGUACGCAGCAGAGAUAAUGAGAACGGCCGCCCUUGAGGAAAUUGGCAGUUUGAAUUUAAAAUCAAAACAGCCGCAUUUAUUCGGCUGACCGCUAUGCAGAAACACCAUUGACGGACGCUGUAUCCUAUACCAUAAUACAAUAAUUAGAACUGAGAUUAUGGCGGAGAAACUCUAUAAUGUACCAUUUGCCAUGGCUGCCGCGGACGAAGUUGGCGUAGAAACGGCUGAAGCGUAUGAUGUGUACGACUUACUUAAUUUUACGUGUGAGGAUAUAGAAUUAUCGUUCCCUCCAAAUAUAAAAAGCUAUUUAAACGUGUUUAAAAUAGUUGCUCCUCUGAUUCUAACAGUGAUUUCUGUAAUUGGUUUACUUGGCAAUGCCAUUGUGUUGUUCAUCAUUUAUCGGUACAACGACAUGAGAUCUGUGACGAACUUUUUCAUUGGAAAUUUGGCAACGACUGACAUAACGUUUCUGGUGGUCUGUACUAUACCAACGGCAGCAGUUUACAUGGGAUGGAACCCCAACUCAGCCAUGUGUAGAGGCAUGAAUUAUAUGAUGUUUGUGACAGUGCAGGCUACGAUAUUAACUCUGACGGCCAUGUCAAUCGACCGCUACCAAUUAGUGGUACAUGCGGUCCGUUCACGUAACACUCGCACAACAAAAAAGGUUCUGCUACUUGACGUGAGUGCGUGGAUAGCAUCAUUGAUUAUCUACAUCCCGAUUCCUGUAUUUUCUUACGCAAAAGCUAAAAGUUGUCAAUAUGAAUGCAUCUUAGAAUUUCCAGUCGACAAUCAAAAGCAAAUAUUUAUCACGGGAUCUUUCCUGAUGCUGUACGCAUUUCCUUUGCUUGUCAUACUCGCAUGUUACUUAAAAAUAUUAAUUCAAGUGUGGCAAAAGAAAUCAUGCGGAACCGAAAGUGCACAGGCCCAGGAGCGUUCAAUUCGUAGGAAACGAAAAAUCACACGAAUGGUUUUUAUUGUGGUAUUGAUGUUCGCAGUGUGUUGGGCGCCCUCACACAUUAUAAUCAUGCUGGAAACUUUCUGGUCAUCUGACUUUUAUCGAACGGAGCUGUUUGAGCUUACAACCUCGUUGAAACUAUUCAGUCUUUGCCUUUCCUACUCGAAUAGUUGUUGUAAUCCAAUUAUUUAUGCCUUCGCCACUGAUAGUUUUAAAAAACACUUUAAAGGAAUCGUCGGUAUGUGUCAAAAGACGGAAUUUACCACGGUCUCAACCAAUGUUACACCCAGAGAAGGAGAUUCAAGCCCAGAAACAUUACUUUAGAUCAACAUCACGAUUAAAUUUGAAAUAUAAUCACGCAUCUCUAGAGAACAACAGGGAUAGGUAAAUUACUACAGCUAAAGUGUUUUAAUUUAGAAUGUUUACUUUGAAUAAUCGAUACAAGUGUACAAUGAAUUCUGCUAAAUGAUAAACAAUUGAAGUCACAGCAGUAGCGCUAUAGUUGUAAUAAUAAUAGUUUGUAAUAAUAAUAGUUUAGCAAACUGAUUGUAUUAGCAAACUUAUUGAAAUAGUCACUGAAUACGAAGGCGACUAAUCGACGAUUAAUCCCGGGCACGUGAUCUAGUUUGAUCUAGCCGAUGUAUUUAUUUUAAUUGGCAGAAUAUCGUCUGACAAAACACUAGAACAUGACAUGUGUCAACGUUAAAUAUUAAUGUACAGUAUUUUGUUAACGAAUCAUUCCAAAUAUAGUAAUAUUAUAAUUUUUAAAAAAUAUCUAGCAAUUAAAUCGUCAUUAACUGUAUACUUAUUUCAUUAAAUUUAAAAAAAAUAUGUAUAUAAUUAUAUAUAAUUAUGUAUAAUAUAAACUUAUAUAGUACAUAAGUAUAUAUAUUUAUGUUUAUAUAUGUUUUAUUUAUAUUGUAGGUAGUAGUUCAAUUGCCUCAAAGCAUAUUGUGAAAGCACGACAAAAUCCGAUCUCCGCGUGUUUUCUCAUUAAAUAUCAAGGCAAAUUAUCUACCACGUGUUUUAUUUAUAUUUUGCCUAUGCAGCAACUCCGAUUUUUUUCUUUAUA